CUUCUUUUUACCCCAUUCUAUAGUGGAAGAAAAAUAAAAUCGAUACAAUCUUAUAAUGUUUGUACGUUCAGCAAAACCUAGUAGAUUAGCAUCAUAUUCAAUUUCAUUACAAUUCCGUAAUAUGAUCACCGCGCAAGCAGUUGUAUUUUCCAAACAUGGGGAACCUAAGGAUGUGUUGUCCACCCAUACAUAUGAAAUCGAUGAAAAGAAUGUUCCAGCUGGAUCCAUUGUGGUCAAGACUCUUGGAUCUCCGGUUAAUCCCUCUGAUAUCAAUCAAGUUCAAGGUGUGUACCCUUCUCAGCCAGAAAAGAACACUUCUUUGGGCACUUCUGAGCCAUCAGCAGUUGGAGGAAAUGAAGGGCUCUUUGAAAUUAUUGCUGUUGGUGACAAUGUCUCCAAGUUUUCUGUUGGUGAUUGGUGUAUUCCUACCAAUGUCAACUUUGGAACAUGGAGAACACAUGCCUUGGCCACUGAAGCACAAAUGACCAAGCUUCCUAACCCAGAACAAUCCAAGGCCGCUGGUGGUAAGAAAGGUUUGACCAUCAAUGAAGGAGCCACGAUUUCUGUCAAUCCAUUGACGGCGUACUUGAUGUUGACUCAUUACGUGAAAUUGACUCCAGGUAAGGAUUGGUUUAUUCAAAAUGGUGGGAAUUCUGCUGUGGGUAAAUAUGCUUCUCAAAUUGGGAAACUUCUUGGAAUCAACUCUAUUUCUGUUGUACGUGAUAGAGAUGACUUGGAUAGUUUGAUCAAGGAUUUAAAGGAGGAAAAUGGAGCUACACAAGUGAUUACUGAAGAACAAAAUGGAUCUAAAGAAUUUGGGCCCACUGUGAAAGGAUGGGUUAAGGAAACUGGUGGAGAAAUUAAAUUGGCUCUCAAUUGUGUAGGGGGUAAGAAUGCCACUGGUGUAGCCCGGAAAUUGUCAAAUGAUGGGUUAAUGUUGACAUACGGGGGUAUGUCGAUGCAACCAGUCAUUCUUCCAACUUCUUUACACAUUUUCAAGAAUAUUACUUCUAGUGGAUUUUGGGUAACAAAAUUGUUACUGGGUAACCCUGAAUUGAAGAAAAAGACACUUGCUCAAAUUGUUCAAUGGUAUGAAAAUGAAGAGCUUAAGGUUGCACCAUCUCAAGAAACAAAGUUUGAUGGAUCCGAUCUUGCUGAAUUUUAUAAAAGAGGUGUUGCAAACUCAAAGUCUGGGAAGCAAUUGAUUACUUAUUAGGAAU